AUGGAAAAUGAGAAAAGAGAGGUGAGGGACGAUCACCACCAUCACGAUGACGACGACAACGAUGAGACGAAGAUGGAGAAGUUUUACGCGCUCUUGAGGAGCUUCCGCCACGCACGUGAUCGGCGGCGAAGGGAAUUGGUUGAGUUGGAGAACAACGAGAGCAGCCGGAAAAAGAUGAAGGCCGCUGCUACAUCGACCAAGGCCAAGCAAGAAGUUGCUUUCGAAUUCCAGGACUUUACCACCGAUAUUCACUUCAGAAAACCACCUUUGGUUUUUCCGAAUCCAAUUUCAUGCGACACAACCAAUGACAUCAACAAAGGGAAGAAGAACAAAGAAAAACAGGAUCUUGCUCUCGACCUCAAACUCGCUCUCUAA